GUUCAAAUUGAAAUCAAAUCGAUAAUGAUGAAAUCAUUAUACAUUAUUUCAUUGAUUUUAAUGUUCAUAUCGAUGAUUAUUGAUGCAAUUGAUUUCGAUAAUUAUCAACGAUUAUUUCGAAAUGAAAUUUUAUCAUCCAAUUUAAAUCGAUCACAGAUAAUAGAAAAUGCAAUUCAAUCAACAACAUAUUAUAAUUAUAAUGAUAUUUGGUCAUUGACUACAAGUGAAGGAAAAUGUAAUGGAUCACAAUUCGGUACCGUACCAGAUCCAAAUGAUUGUCGACGUUAUUAUCUUUGUUCAAUGGAUUAUGCAUAUGAACGUCAUUGUCCAUCAUUAACAUUGUUUGAUUAUCAACAAAAACAAUGUGUCUUUUAUUCAAAUGCAGAAUGUUUUUCAAAUGAAGAAUUUAUUUGUCCACGAAAAUUUGCUCUUUAUCGACAUCAACAAAAAUGUGAUCGUUAUUGGAUCUGUGUGAAUGGUAAAGCAAAGAUAAAAUAUUGUACAUUGGGUCAAAAAUUUGAUGUUCAUACGAAUCGAUGUCGAAUAGCAUCAUGGGCACGUUGUACGGAACAGUCAAACAAUAAUGAAUCAAUGUCGACAACGACAGAAUCAUUAACACCAACCAUAGAAUCGAAUAAUACGUUAGAAUCAUCAACGAUAAUUGAAAAUGAUAAAAAUUUUACGAUGACACUUACGCCAUCUAGUUCGGAUAAUUCAAAAACUACCGUAUCAAUAAUCGUGUCAACUUCGAUGAUUCCUACGGAUAAGAAUAAUCAGAAUUCAUCAAUUAUGACUACUUCGAACGCAAAUAAUACAUCGAUGACAGCUACAAAUACAACUACGACGACUACUACAAUAAUUAUCACUUCAUCAGCAACUACCACAACAAAUAUCAACUCCAAUCAAAAUGUUGAAAAUUUACCCUCGACAACAAUAUUGCCUGAAAAUUAUCCAGAGAAUAUAACAACCACAGUUCCGAUAACAAGCGCAGUUCCAAUAACAAGCGCAGUUCCAAUAACAGCCGCAGUUCCGACAACAACUACUGUUCCAACAACAAUCACAGUUCCGAUAACAACCACUGUUUCAACAAUAGCAGCAGUUCCAAUAACAACAACACUAUCAUCCACCGAUGAAUCAGAAAAUUCAUCAUCAACAAAUACUAUGAGACCAUUACAAGAAAAUGAAAAUGUUACAUUGCCAUCAUUUGACAUUACAUCUUCACCAACAUUUGGACAGGAAUUGGUAACAAACGAUACUGGUGAUUCGCAACCAUUAUUACCGAUCCAAUCAAAUGCAACUGAUUCACAAGAACAAGGCUUAGCAAAACCAUCCGGUGGUCUUAAAACACGAUUGAUCAAAACGAAAACAUUUAUUCGUUCACCAGUUACCAGAUCUAAAACGAUUGUACGAAAAAAACAGAAAACAAAACCAAAAGUAAAGAAAAAUGUUGCUAAAAAAGAAAAUAAUUCAAUUAUGACAUCCAAAUUCAAACUGACAACAACAGCAAUGAUUCCAACAAUGAAAGCAAAAUCGGAAUCAAACAAAAUGUCUUCCUAUAAAUCAUUGGUUUCAUCGACACCAUGUGAUGAUUAUGAUGGUAAUGUGGGCACAUUGAAUUAAAAUAUUGAUUAUUUGGAAAA